AUGGGAGCUAAAAAAAAGAAGGGUGGUGGAGGAAAGAAAGAGGGAGACGAGGAAGAUCUCUCUGUCGAAAACUUUAUGAAGGUCUACCGUAAGAAGUGUUCUGAUCUCUCUUGCGAGGUCAGUAAGAUUAUUAAGGAGAAGUAUGAGGAGUUCUAAGAGGAGGGUGAACCAAUUACUAAGUUUCACAUUUGGGAAGAAAUGGGAUGGCAAGGUGUUAGAGCUUUCACUGAUGCUCUUAAGCAAGUCAAUUACCCACAUUGCAGAAGUAUCAGACUUUGGAAGACAUUUUGUGAGGAUGAGGGUGUUCGUGCAGUAGUCCAAUUUUUACAAUAAUGCAAAUCAGUUACUGUACUUGAAUUGCUAGACAAUAAGAUCACAAGCUUAGGGUGUGAAUUCAUUGGAAAGCUAAUGCAUCCAAAGACAAAUGCGAAUAUUUAAGUCUUGAAACUAGAUCAUAACGAUAUCGGUGGAACAGGUGUUUAGGCAUUAUGUGAAGGACUUUCAAUUAACAAGUCAAUCGUGACACUAUCCUUAACUUAUUGUGAUAUUGAUCAGUCAGGGGCGAGAUCUCUGUUUGAACUUCUCAUCUACUCUCAGAGUAAUCUUGAGGAGCUUAAUCUGAGUGGUAAUCACUUGAGAAAUGAGGGAAUCAUUACUAUCUUUAGAGGCCUAUCCAUCAAUAAAAAGCUGAAGAAGAUUUAUUUGGCUGAUAAUCAGUUCAAUGAGCAUGAUUCAGUUCUUAAUGCUAUUGAACAGUGCUGGAUGAAGAAUAAGAAUCUUGGUAGAUAUGACUUAAGAUAUAACACUUUAACAGACUAUGGCGUCGGCAAAAUGACUUAAUACCUAGAGCAGGCUUCGCAUGUAUUUGAAGUAGAAAUACCAGAGAGAGUAUCUAAGGAGACUCUUGAAAGCUUCAGAGAGCGACUCACAGCUAAUAAACCCAAGAAGGGUAAGAAAGGAAAGAAAGGCAAAAAGAAGAAGAAGUGA